GGUUUCACACGGACAUAAGUGCGUGUCCCUACGUCACCGCCGGUGGCUCCACGUGCGUUAGCACAGCACCAGGGAAAUCAAACUCAGCAAUUCCUACUCAGGGUACAACAACAAUAACAACAACAGCAACGCAAUCAUGCAAUAACAUAACAUUGCUACGGCAUUAACAAUGCAAUCGUAGAUGCAUGUGCAGCAGCAGCACAGUUGUUGUGUGGAUGCAGUGGCAUUACACUCGGAUGGUCGACGCGAAUGCUUGAUGCACAAGUGGGAGAUUGAAAACUCAGCCGGGAGAUUGAAAACUCAGCCGAGAGUUUGCGGCGACUGUGCUCUGCUUCUUCGUGUCGUCGUACGGCCGCUGAUGCAGAUGCAGAGCAACGGCUACACUUUCACAUUCAGGUGGUCAAGGGAGCAGACGGCCGCGUCAGGAGAAAGCGGAGGAAUUCGCACGGGACAAAAGAAAACAAAACACCCCUACCCAGUGACCGCAGCGGACUCUGCAAUGUCCAUCGUCGCCGAGAGUGAAUUCGGCUGGCUGCUGGAUCACCUCGCCCACGUGAAUUCGGCAGUGGAGAGCACGGCGGAGGCGGACAGCCUGGCUUCGGGGUUGCGGUUCAAUGCGCAGUACUUUCACCAGCCGCGCCCCCACAUCGCUGCCGGGGCCAGUGCGGACACUGUGGAGUGCGGCGAGAGGCAGGUGGAGGACGGAGGAGAUGGGACCCUCGCGCUGCUGGGCAGUACCGCUAAGAGAAAGCGCAAAAGAAAGAGGAACGACAUGAAUCAGGGGGAGAUUGAUGCCUUGGCUUACCACCAAACGAUCAGAGAUUUUGUGCUGGAGGGCUCGAGGAAUCUCGUGGACCUGGGACGUCAACGGAAUCUCCUUCUGCCUCGCACUCUGAUUCCGGGCCCUGUCGAGCCGCCAUCACCACGGCGACAUUGUCCCGGCACGGACUACGUCCCCGCUGAGGAACACGAACCGCGACACGGCACCCAGCGCAACCACAGACUGGCUCCUGCCGCCGAGACGCCCAACGUGAAGGAAUCGGGAGGUGCAGCGGCACCGUCAAGCCGUGCCGGGUGUCGCGACGUCUGCUGCCGCGCCUGUCGCGACGGAGCUGUCGCCGCGGAACCGGAUCCGCUGGCCGAGCUGUGCGACGCCGACGAGGCCGUAGGAAGGGGGCGUCUGCCGGAGCGAGCGAGCGACGUACUGGUGCUGGAGGACACGGGAGCAGGGACGACAGAGCUGACGGCCAAGACGGCGGUGGGCCGCGUGGUGGAAAACCGGCGGCGGGGGCCGAGCGUCGUGGAUUUUAACGGACACGAGUACGUGCUGCCGCCCAGAUGGGACGUUCGAUUUGAUCGUUUUGGACCCGCCCUGGGAAAACAAGUCGGUCAAGAGGAGCAAAAGGUACCGUGCGCUGCCAGAGUGGCAGAUCGCGCGGCUGCCGGUGCCGGCGUUGGCAUCUCCGGGCUGCCUCGUCCUCACCUGGGUCACCAACCGCCAGAGGCUCCUGCAGUUCGUCAAGCGGGAGCUGUACCCGUCGUGGCGCGUGAGCGACGCCGUGGAGUGGCACUGGGUCAAGGUGACGAGCCACGGGGAGUUCGUCUUCCCGCUGGACUCGCCGCACAAGAAGCCGUACGAGACGCUGGUGCUGGGACGGGUCGCAGCGACGCCAGACAUGGAGCGGUACUCGCAAACCCACAGAAACCCGUGUGAAAUUACCGCCGUAAGAAGUUAUUAUGACAAAAAUAUUUAUUAAAAAACAUUUUUUUUUUUAAUUAAAACUCUUUAACGCGAGUCCGCUACAAAGCGACGAUCACCGAGCGGAGGGGGGGAUUGAAAAAGUUCCGCGACGCGCAGCCCGAGUUCGGCACGGCGAGGGACCCCAAUGAAGGGGGGUCCAAACUGGGCUCACGGACGUAAGGUUCCCAGUAGAGUACGAUCUCGACGAAUUGUUUUCACAGCGCCGGUGGUGAUGUCGGCUUUGCAAUUGGACGAUUCGCAAUUGAGCUGCUCGAAUUGCAAUAAAUGUCUUAUUGGACGAUACUGCUCAACUUAAAGCUCUCGUGGCCGCAGGAAUUCAUAUUCUUUGGGUCUCUCGGUAAAGUCACGCAGAUAGGUUCGAAUAAGAUAACGAAAAAUAACAAAAAGCUACGACGUUUCGAUCGCAACACA